CCGGUCCAGGGGCGGCUGGAGGAUCACCGGAGGAUUAACAGCACCGCAUUGUCUGGUACAGCCGUGUUGUUGUCGGCGGAGAACACCGUUAACUGGUGUCUGAGAGAUGAUGUACAGAGACGGUGUUUAUUAACAGCAUCCUCGAUGGCGACUGAAUGCAGCCAGCACGCGGUGUUAUGCUUCAUAAAGGAGAGAGGAGGACGCGUGAAGAACGGGGAUUUGGCGGAUUAUUUUCGAGCGACGAGCCCACAGGAGCCCGCAUUAAAACAAGAGGCGAGAGAAGCCUUUAAACGGCACGUAGACACCGUGGCUUACGUGAAGGAGGAGAAUGGCGAGAAAUACGUUUGCCUAAGGAAGAGAUUUCGGGCAUGCCCGCGGAGCUCCAGGGGAGAGCGGGCGAACACCGAUGACCCUGCACGGGCCCAGACGCCCGCCUCAGGUUACGGAACUGCUGAUGCAGGAGGCGCAGAAACACACCCGCAUAUUUCUGACGAGGGUGUGAACGGCAGAACAGAAGCUGAACUCCGCGCGCACAUGGAGAACUCGGACAGCAGCAGAUCAGCCGAACACCGGCCGAAAGCAGCCGAGCAGCCGGAAGAGAGAGCCGCGGGAACCGGGAAGGAGGAGCGCGAUGGACCGAAAAGCCCCGGGCAGGUCAGCAGCAGCCCGGCGGUGCAGCAGCGGGACUCCGGCGAGCCCCCGGGCAGGUGUAAGGAGUGUCCGCGGGCCGACAGCGAUUAUGAGGCCGCCGCGGUGACGCUGGAGCCGCUGGAGCACGCGUGGAUGAUGAGCGCGUCUGACGGGCACUGGGAGAGCCUGCGCCCGCUGCUGCACACCGAACCCGCGCUCGUGGCCCGGAAAGACUUCGUGACGGGCUUUACCUGCCUGCACUGGGCGGCAAAACUCGGCAAACACGAGCUGAUCGUCCUGCUCGUUCGGUUCGCCAGAGAGCACCGGGUCACCGUUAACGUGAACGCGCGUUCCAGCGCCGGAUACACGCCUCUACACCUGGCGGCGAUGCACAAUCACCUGGAGGUCGUCAAACUGUUAAUCGGAGCGCUUGAUGCGGAUGUGGAGGCUCGGGAUUACUACGGCAGGAAAGCGUGUCAGUACCUGAAGAGCGACGUUGCGCAAAACAUCCUGGAGAUCGCGGGCGCGUGCGCAGAGGCCGCGGGCGCGGGAGAGGCAGAGGCAGAGGGAGAAGGAGAGGUAGGCCGCUGGAGGCUGUCGAGGGUUCUGCAGUCCAGCUUCAGGCCUCUGAGGAUCCAGAACCAGAAUCAGGACUGCAGCGAUGAGGACAGCGUAGCCAAGCAGAAACCCCUGCGCAGAAAAUCCUCCUUCACCAAGAUGAAGCCCCGAGUCCGGCUGCGGGCGCAGAUAGUCCACAGCACCUCUCUAAUGGACAGGUUUGAGAAAGAAGAAUCCCCAAAGCUCUCCAGACCCAAAUCUAACCUCUUCGGGUGACUGUGGAGAUCUGCACGGUGUGUGUUUAAAGAGUCCGGGAUGUUGAGUGGGUUUUUCACUGCUCUGGAGAUUUACACUGCCGAAUGAACCUGCUGGUUUUGCUAAUGGUGUGUUAAUAAUGAUAAAAAAUAUUGCUGGAAUAAUA